CUAGGCUUGGCCACUCGCCUGCGGGGAGUCCGCGGUACGCCUCCCGCACGCACCUCUGGAGACCAGGACUUUUGCGAGCGCGGGAAGACCGGCGGAGCCUGUGCUUCGGCUCGGGCGUGGACGGGGCGGGCGCUGGGGCGGGGCGCGCUCGCGGGUUUGAAUGGAAUGGUCUAGACCGGCGGAGACAGCGGCGAGCGGGUCCUGAAACCAGAACUCCAUUGCCGCCCCGCGCGCCAUGCGGCCAGAGAGGUGUGGUUCCUCUCGCCUGCGCUUCGGCCAUGGAGGUGCUGCGGCGCUCUUCAGUCUUCGCUGCGGAGAUCAUGGACGCUUUUGAUCGCUCGCCCACAGACAAGGAGCUGGUGGCCCAGGCCAAGGCACUAGGCCGGGAGUACGUGCACGCGCGGCUUUUGCGCGCCGGCCUCUCCUGGAGCGCACCGGAGCGUGCUUCUCCUGCCCCUGGAGGACGCCUAGCGGAGGUGUGCACCGUGCUGCUGCGCUUGGGGGAUGAGCUGGAGCAGAUUCGCCCCAGUGUGUACCGAAACGUGGCCCGGCAGCUGCACAUCUCUCUACAGUCUGAGCCUGUGGUGACUGACGCCUUCCUUGCUGUGGCAGGCCACAUCUUCUCAGCAGGCAUCACAUGGGGCAAGGUAGUGUCCCUGUACUCGGUGGCUGCAGGGCUGGCAGUGGACUGUGUCCGGCAGGCUCAGCCUGCCAUGGUUCAUGCCCUGGUUGACUGCCUGGGGGAAUUUGUGCGCAAGACCCUGGCGACCUGGCUUCGGAGGCGUGGUGGAUGGACUGAUGUCCUCAAGUGUGUGGUCAGCACAGACCCCGGCUUCCAUUCCCACUGGCUCGUGGCCACGCUCUGCAGUUUUGGCCGCUUCCUGAAGGCUGCGUUCUUCCUGUUGUUGCCAGAGAGAUGAGCUCCCACCAGGGCAGGGGCCACUCCUAGAGCCCCUGGGCCCAACGCACGGGGCCCGCAGCACCUGCAAAGCACCUCCCUCUCUCAGACUGGGAACAUCUGGCCCCUGGGGCCCUGUCCCAAACCCCAUUCCUUGUGGACCCUGGCCUCUGGGAGGGCUGAGUGGAGGAGGCCAUCCCAGAGUCUGGAGCUGGCUUCAGUGUCUUCUGUAGCUCUUCCCUUGGGUCAGUGCCCAGCCCCGGAGGAAGGAACCGGGGAUCACUUUCACUUGAUGCUCAGGGCCUCACCCCAGGAAGGGAUCUUCCCAGGACUCGAGCUGGCCUCCGUCCUUGUGGGGAGCAGGUCAUGUACAUCUGAUCUGAAGGUGACUGUGGCUAACGCAGGAGCCAGGGAUGCUUCCUGUCCCCGAAGGCAGAGCAGAAGGCUCCUGUGUGGCUGCUUAGGCUAUUUCUAGAUGAAGAAGGUGUCCCUAACCCACAAUGGGUCCUUCGUGCCAGAGACCAGGGGUGUAGGUAGUUCGUCUGACCAAUGAACAGAGAUCCUGUGGAUGAGGUGGUCUGCUUAAGUUGGACCCCAAAUAAAGUUUUACCCAGUGGAGGGUGAGACCCUA